AUGAUUCACGAUCAAGAACCGAUGGCUGAGAUCAUUUUGCCAAAUGUCAUAACGGCUAUGGCAUCUCAACUACAAAGAGUGUCGGAGAUGAACGACGAUGAGAGCCGUCCGUUCGAAAAACACCAGAGGAUCUCAGCUUUCUCUGCACUGACCAAACCUACCAUAUCGAUCAAAAGCUAUAUGCAGAGGAUCUUUAAGUAUGCAAAUUGUAGCGACUCGUGUUACGUAGUCGCUUAUAUAUAUUUGGAUCGGUUCAUACAAAAACAGCCAUUUCUACCCAUUGAUUCUCGUAAUGUCCAUAGGCUCAUUAUCACCAGCGUCUUGAUCUCUGCCAAGUUCAUGGAUGACUUGUGUUACAAUAAUGCAUAUUAUGCAAAAAUUGGAGGAAUCACCACAGAGGAGAUGAACUUGUUAGAGGUGGACUUCUUAUUUGGAGUAGGGUUCCAAUUGAAUGUGACAUGUUCUGCUUACAACGAGUAUUGUUCUUCACUACAAAGAGAGAUGGUUAUGAGGACGAUGUACUCUCCGCUUUUAGAGCCUUCUUCUUUGGUUAGAAAUUUUCAUAGGAAUCUUCUAAUGCAUUUAUAUGACGAAGAUUCACAAUCGAUCCAUCGUAAUAGUCAAGUCACCACUGCUGUUUGAUACAUUAGUAUAAUGGAUCAUGUUUUGAUAUGUUACAUAUGAAACCUUUUGAAGGUAUAUGUAACAACUUUUUGGGAACUUCAAAUGUAUUCCUGUUCUACAAAUGUAUUUUAAGAAGAUAAAAUCAGAAUCCUUAAUAGUUAUAAUGAAGAAGCAAGCAACAACUGGAGAUAAACACUAAAACUUGUGCUUUUUACUUUUCUACUUGAAUUUUUUUUGCUUGGAGAAAUGGAUUGGGCAGGAGGAUCAUAGAAUGCAAUAAUAUCUUUUAUUCCAAUCUGUUAGUUUAUUCAAUCCAUUUUGUUUUCUUUUCCAUUUCGAAAGCUCAAUGAUUUUCAGUAACAAUGAAGCAAAAAAAA